AAAACCAUUAUUGUUUCUCGAUCUCCCAUCAAGCUAACGUCUCCGUCGUCUUCUUCCUCUCUCGAAGCAAAUAAAAAUGGGCGGCGGGCGGUGGUGGCGGCCGAUGAAGACGGCGGAGGAGGUGGUGGUGGAGCCUUUCCGGUUAAUAACGGCGGCACUCCUCAGCCUCCUCCUCCCUCUCUCAUUCCUCCUCCUCAGCCGCCUCUCCUCCGCCGCCUUCAUCCUCUCUCUCUCCGCCACGUCAUCGCCGCCACCGCAGCAGACCGAUGCUUCCUUCUUCUUCUCUAUCUUCCUCUACACGAACCCGGCUAUCUUAUACGCCAUUGUUUCGUCCGUAAGCGUUUACACUCUAGUGCACGGCCUAACCACCAAGAUCGCCACCGCUAACACCGACCGCUCGAUCAUCUUCUAUCCACGUGUCGGAAUCGCGUGGCUCAUCCUCUUCCUCUUGCAAGUUUCCGUCGGGUUAGGGCUCGAGGGAACGAUCUCGGAGGGGGUUAACGGAGUAAUCAUCGGGAAAGAACGCAACUUUUUGAGCAAAAUCGUCUUCUUCUUGGGCCUUCACGAGGUUAUGCUUCUUUGGUAUCGAGUGAUAGUGAGGCCAGUGGUCGACGACACGUUGCUCGGAGAGUGUCGUGACCGGGGCGAGACUCUGGUCGAGAGGGCGGUUUUGGCCGUGAGCUGCGGGACGUUGUGGUGGUGGAAGCUACGGGACGAGGUGGAGGCUUUGGUGGGCGUCGCCGAGGCCAAGAGAGCGUUGUUGUUAUCAUCUAAUCUCGAUAGUAACAUUAAUUACAAUGUGGAAGUUGGAAUGGUGGAUUUUGUGAAUUGGUGGUUAUAUUAUAUGGUCGUGACGAUUGGUAUGGUUAGGAUCGUGAAAGGGUCGCUGUGGGUCGGUAUGAUUUUGCUCUUCGAAAGGGUUAGAAGAAAUCCACGUGGAAUUUCCGCUUCUUCAACGGAUAACGAUCAUGGUGGAGACGACGGCAAAGUGUAAACCACACAUCUGGAAAAUCCGGAUGUUUUUCUUUUAGCUCAUUCAAUCGUGUAAUAUUUUCGGACAAUAACUAGUUGGAUUUUGUCAAUGUGGCCAAAUUAAUAAAAGUGGUGCAUAUGCCUAAUCUGAAGAAGAAGGCUUAUCAUAAUUUUUCUGA